AACAAGAACCGGUGCCAAUAACCCCAUAAAAAAACCGGGAAAAGUUAUUGCCACCGGUUAACCGGUGGCAAAAAUAUAUACUGCCACCAGUUAACCGGUGGCCAUACUUGUUUUUGCCACCGGUUUUGAACCAGUGGCUUUGCAUCAGACUAUUGCCACCCCCCAAAUGCCCACCGGUUCAAAAUCGGUGGCAUAGGGGGGUUUUGAAUCGGUGGCCAAAUGCUUUUUUCUACUAGUGUAUUUUUCUUUUUUUAAAGUCGUUUCUCCUUUGUUUAGGCUUGGGGAUACUCGUACCUGCCUUUCCUAGCCCCCCAGGGUGCUCGGGGCUUCUUGCUUUCCUAUCGGCCGUCGACUGGCGACGAUUAGGAAAAGGCGAGCUACUCGGCGACCCGUGCGUCGAUCGAUCUCCGUCCUUGAAGUUUGAUCGUCCAUGAGGACAUCCGGUAUGGCAUGUUUCGUUGCCGGUUCCGGGCUCUCUACUCGGGACUCCCGGUGCUCCAGAGGACGGACGUUUGGUUUUUAGGCGAGCGUGUUCUCUGGCAACAUUCGUCAGAGGAGCCUGUGGUUCCUGUGGAUCCUUCGAUCCGGAUGUUACGUCUGGAUUUGCUGUCGACCGAGGAUCGAGCUCAAGCGAUCCUUGGUUAUCCAGCGGAUCAGCUGGUGCUGCCGUAUGCUCCUUAUCCGGCUUUCAUUGCAUCCAGGCUGACUCCUUUCCUAGCUUUUGUUCCGCGGGUCGAGCUAGGCGAUUGGGUGCCUUCUACACUGGAGAUCAUGUAUACCGAUGCUGUCGGGUCGGUAAUUCGCGAGAUCCUUCCAGCAGCGGAGGAUGAUGAGGGGAUACCGUUCAUUCCUGAGACGGUUGAGUCGGUUCCGCGGGAGACCGUGAACGACAUGGUGAAGAUUAUACGUGCUUUCCGAGCUGCUUAUCGGAGAGCUCUCAUGACUUUGUCAUGCCGUGAUCAUCGGAUGAUUGCGGUAAGUUUCAUUUCUUUUCUUUUUCAAGGAAGUUAUUACAUUUCAUGUAUUAAUCUUCGUUUUGGGAUUUUGGAUGAUGUACAACAUCCGUCUAGAAAUCGCAGAGCACCCUGAUCCUUUUGUACACAUUUUUGUUAUAUUCUUAGGAAACAAAUGUAAAUAUUAGUUUGUUUUGUUGUAAAUAUGACACUUUUUUUUUGUA